CGGAAGCCAUCUGAAGUCUCGCCUCGACUGUGCAGUCUUCGCUCUGCCUCCUUCUCGGUCGUCUCGCCUGUUUUGCGACACCUCUGCCUGGCCGCUAUGACAAAGCCACAGAAACAGCGGCCCAAGACAUCAAGCGCUAGCCUGAACACUGCUCGCCAGUCUGCGGCGAAGCAAGCGGUGAAAAAGCGGGUAAAGGCCCCGAGCCGGAUAUCUAAGGACCAGGUCGCGGACGCUACUGCGCAAAUCAAUAUCCAAUUUGCGCAAGUGCAAGCCCUAUAUGCCCAGCCCAAGCAGACCCGAGACGCUGCUCCCUCCGUCCUGGAAGCGGAUGUCCAGGAUCUUGCGGCUGUCAUGAAGACUCUAUGACAUCUGUGUACUACACAUGUCCCGCAGGCAAGAAGCUAUGCCAAGAGGGACUACCACCACACUGAGUCUAGGCCUCGCGGCUAUGACGGAACCUAAGGAAACACCCUGCAACAAUGGAACCAGCGUGCUUCGGAUUAGGGUCUUACUUGCUGAGGAUUCCUUCUGGUUCGUGGUGGCGAAUAUCAGAACUUCUUGCUGUCUCGGUGACACCAGUCUCCUCCAGAUUAUGCUCUUGGGGUAUUUUCAAUCACACCUGUGGGAUCGUGUACUGUGUGAAAAGCAUACCCUUAUCACUCGGGCAUGGCGGCCGCAGUUUGGGACACGAGGGAUGCCUUGCUUUCACGAGUGGAGUAGUACAUGUCGCAAUGUUACGGUGCAUCAUACAUACCUGCCUACUCUUUGAUGCAUGAACUGCAUAGACAGGGCUGAGAAACG